AUGGCCUAUUUCAAGGAUUUUCGCACCUUCACCGCUGGUCAGUUUCUCACCUCGCUGCAGGUGGGAUUCAACUGCUUCGGCUCCAGCAUCAAGUCGAGUUACACCUUUGCUGGUGUCAAGCGUUUCAAGCAGGCCAAAAAGAUUUUGGAUCGUUUGGAUGACCGUUGCACCAGUGACGAGCAGCGCAGUCAACUGCACCAAACUGUGGCAUAUUGCAAUCAGUGCUAUAUGGCAUAUCAAAUUCUAUACUCCUUGUAUACGACAUCCACAUUUCUGGCUGGCGCUUGUACUGGUCGCCUGCCCUGGAAGUUGUAUAAUCCUUUAAUUGAUUGGGAGGCGAGUUAUGUACACUUUUGGCUAGCUGCUAUUUUCGAAUACGUGUGGAUGACAGGUGUUGUCCUUCAAACCCAAAUGGCUGACGUUUAUCCAAUCAUAUACUUCUUGAUCCUACGCACUCACAUAAAUUUACUCAAGGAGAGAUUGCAACGGCUGCGCUCAGAUCCAACGGUGAGCGAACAGAAUAACUAUGUGGAGCUUACCAAGUGCAUUGAGGAUCAUCAGCUCAUACUCGAGUAA